AGCUUUAAAUCAAAAGACGAUUCCACACACACACACACACACACACACACACACACACACACACACACACACACACACACACACUGCAGUGUGUAAGCUGUCCGGGGCAAUAAGGCUCACUCUGAUAGGAUUCAGUCAGUCAGCAGCAGCUCUCUGCCAUGGAGGCCAUGCACAUGCUGGACAACUGGAGACAGGAUCUUCAUGUGUCGCAGGGAGACGUGGACAACUCCGUGGACAUGGAUCGCUUCAACAGGAACAUGCCUGAGCUUGGGCGAAAAACUCACCAGGUGUUACAGAGUACCCCACUGGAUUUAAUAGAGACUGGAAAGGAGCUGAAGUUUCAAGCAGAGCGCCCCCACCUGGUCAGCCUGGGCAGUGGACGACUGAGUACAGCAAUCACCUUGCUGCCUCUGCCUGAGGGCUGCACCAUUCUGGGGUACGGUGCCGUGGACAUCAACAUCCAGGGCCCUGGUGUGGCAGCACAGCACUGCUACAUCGAGAACAAGUCAGGUGUCAUCACGCUGCAUCCUUCUGGGAACCUCUGUGCUGUUGACGGGCUCCAGGUCCAACAGCCUACCCGUCUGUCACAAGGUAUGGAUCUGUGACUCUCUACUAAAAGCAGCCAUUUUACCGCCCA